UUCAGAGCACUGUUUGUAUUGGUACCAAGAUCCCUGACAAACAUGACUACUGGGAAAGAUAAAAAUUUUGAUGAUGAAGAUUCUGUGGAUGGUAACAGACCUUCCUCUGCCAGUUCUACAUCAUCCAAAGCUCCACCAAGCUCGCGGAGAAACGCUGGAAUGGGGACCACCCGGCGGUUUGGAUCAUCCACUCUCGGGUCUAAGUCUUCAGCUCCAAAAGAAGGAGCUGGCGCUGUUGAUGAAGAGGAUUUUAUUAAAGCCUUUGACGACGUACCUGCAGUGCAGAUUUAUUCCAGUCGAGACCUCGAGGAAUCCAUAAACAAGAUUAGGGAAAUAUUAUCUGAUGACAAGCAUGAUUGGGAGCAAAGAGUAAAUGCUCUAAAAAAGAUUAGAUCUUUACUUUUGGCUGGUGCUGCUGAAUAUGAUAACUUCUUUCAACAUUUGAGACUUUUGGAUGGAGCCUUUAAACUAUCUGCUAAGGAUCUGCGGUCUCAGGUAGUGCGGGAGGCUUGUAUCACGUUGGGGCAUCUGUCAUCAGUUCUGGGGAAUAAGUUUGACCAUGGAGCUGAAGCCAUUAUGCCAACUAUCUUUAAUUUAAUUCCAAACAGUGCCAAAAUUAUGGCCACUUCUGGUGUUGUAGCUGUUAGGUUAAUCAUUCGGCACACACACAUCCCUAGGCUAAUACCUGUGAUAACAAGCAACUGUACCUCCAAGUCUGUUGCAGUUAGAAGACGCUGUUUUGAAUUUUUAGAUUUACUUUUACAAGAAUGGCAAACACAUUCACUGGAACGGCACAUAUCAGUAUUAGCCGAAACGAUAAAGAAGGGAAUACAUGACGCCGACUCUGAAGCCAGGAUAGAAGCCAGAAAGUGCUACUGGGGGUUCCACAGUCACUUCAGCAGAGAAGCGGAGCACUUGUACCACACGCUGGAGUCCUCCUACCAGAAGGCCCUGCAGUCCCACUUGAAGAACUCGGACAGCAUCGUGUCUUUGCCGCAAUCCGAUCGCUCGUCUUCUAGCUCUCAAGAGAGUCUGAAUCGGCCGCUCUCUGCCAAAAGAAGUUCCACUGGAAGUAGCGCCUCUAGAGCUUCUACUGUCAGCACCAAAUCUGGGUCAACGACUGGGUCCCUUCAGCGAUCCCGGAGUGACAUCGAUGUGAAUGCAGCGGCCAGUGCCAAGUCCAAAGCCUCGGCUUCCAGCUCCGCGCCCUUCAGCUCCGCGGCGGCCUUGCCUCCGGGCUCGUACGCAUCCUUAGAGUCCAGACGCCUGAGGGACGAUGUGGAGUCCGUAGGCCUCGAUUCAGAUGGUACUGCCACUAAAGCGGAGGGCCGGAUUCGUACGAGAAGACAGAACUCCGGGAGUACCACCAAUGUCGCCUCUAUACCUUCUGAUAAUCGAGGCCGCAGUCGCGCUAAAGUGGUUUCACAGUCCCAGCGAUCCAGAUCUGCUAAUCCUGCUGGUGCUGGCAGCCGGUCGAGUUCUCCAGGGAAAUUGUUGGGAAGUGGUUAUAGUGGCCUUGCUGGGGGAUCCUCAAGAGGCCCGCCGGUGACACUCCCUUCAGAAAAACGAAGCAAGAUUCCCAGAAGUCAGGGAUGUAGCCGAGAAACAAGUCCAAACCGAAUAGGAUUAGCACGGAGCAGCCGUAUCCCUCGACCCAGCAUGAGUCAGGGGUGCAGCCGCGAUACCAGCCGUGAGAGCAGCCGAGAUACAAGCCCUGCUCGGGGCUUCCCUCCACUGGCCUCUCGACGGCAUUCCAGGUCCACUAGCGCUCUCUCCACUGCUGACUCUGUCGGGCAGUCAGACCGGUUUGGGCUUGGCCAGGCAGGAAGAAUACCUGGUUCUGUGAAUGCCAUGCGCGUGUUAAGCACAAGUACAGAUCUUGAAGCUGCUGUUGCUGACGCUUUGCUGUUAGGAGACUCCAGGAGCAAGAAGAAGCCUGUGAGGAGGAGAUAUGAGCCCUAUGGGAUGUAUUCUGACGAUGAUGCCAACAGUGAUGCCUCGAGUGUUUGCUCUGAGCGCUCGUAUGGUUCCAGGAACGGCGGCAUUCCCCAUUACCUGCGGCAGACCGAGGAUGUGGCAGAAGUUCUCAACCACUGCGCCAGCUCAAACUGGUCAGAGAGGAAAGAAGGGCUUCUGGGCUUGCAGAACUUACUGAAGAGCCAGAGAACACUGAGUCGAGUAGAAUUGAAAAGAUUGUGUGAGAUCUUCACACGAAUGUUUGCUGACCCACAUAGCAAGAGAGUUUUCAGUAUGUUUUUGGAGACUCUUGUUGAUUUUAUAAUAAUUCAUAAGGAUGAUUUGCAAGACUGGCUUUUUGUUCUUCUCACACAAUUACUUAAGAAAAUGGGGGCAGAUUUACUUGGAUCUGUGCAAGCGAAAGUUCAGAAAGCUCUAGAUGUCACAAGGGACUCCUUUCCAUUUGAUCAACAAUUUAACAUCUUGAUGAGAUUUAUUGUGGAUCAAACUCAGACUCCUAACCUCAAGGUCAAAGUUGCAAUCCUGAAGUACAUUGAGUCUCUCGCCAGACAGAUGGAUCCAAUUGACUUUAUAAACUCUAGUGAGACCAGGCUUGCUGUUUCUAGAAUUAUAACCUGGACAACAGAACCAAAGAGUUCCGACGUGAGAAAGGCUGCACAGAUUGUGCUAAUAUCGCUGUUUGAAUUGAACACUCCUGAAUUCACUAUGUUACUUGGUGCCUUGCCCAAAACAUUCCAGGAUGGUGCCACCAAACUCCUGCAUAACCACCUCAAGAAUUCCAGUAACACCAGUGUGAGCUCUCCGAGCAACACAAUUGGCCGGACUCCCUCCCGACACAACAGCAGCCGGACCAGCCCCCUGACCUCACCCACCAACUGUUCCCACGGGGGCCUGUCUCCAAGUCGGUUAUGGGGUUGGAGUGCCGAUGGGCUAUCGAAGCACCCCCCUCCCCUUUCUCAGCCCAACUCCAUUCCCACCGCUCCCUCCCACAAGACUCUCAGGCGCUCUUACUCUCCCAGCUUGCUGGACAAUGAUACAGAGAACCUGAACUCUGAAGAAAUCUAUAGUUCUUUGCGUGGAGUUACAGAAGCCAUUGAAAAGUUCAGUUUUCGAAGCCAAGAGGAUCUGAAUGAGCCAAUUAAACGAGAUGGCAAGAAGGACUGUGAUAUUGUAUCCCGGGAUGGCGGAGUUGCGUCCCCUGCCACUGAGGGCCGGGGCGGCAGUGACGUGGUGGAAGGAGGCAGAACAGCUCUGGGCAACAAGACCUCCCUGCUCAACACCCAGCCUCCGCGCGCCUUCCCGGGGCCACGGACACAUGACUACAACCUGUACCCCUACCCGGACACCAUCAACACCUAUGACAAGACAGCCCUGAAGGAGGCCGUGUUUGACGACGACAUGGAGCAGCUUCGAGAUGUACCCAUUGACCAUUCGGACUUGGUGGCGGACCUUCUGAAAGAGCUGUCCAACCACAACGAGCGCGUGGAGGAGCGGAAGGGCGCCCUGCUGGAGCUGCUCAAGGUCACCCGGGAGGACAGCCUGGGCGUCUGGGAGGAGCACUUCAAGACCAUCCUGCUCCUGCUCCUGGAGACCCUUGGAGACAAAGACCAUUCCAUUCGCGCGCUGGCUCUGAGAGUUUUACGGGAGAUUCUGAGAAACCAGCCAGCGAGAUUCAAAAACUACGCCGAGCUGACGAUCAUGAAGACUCUGGAGGCCCACAAAGACUCCCACAAGGAGGUGGUGAGAGCCGCCGAGGAAGCUGCGUCCACUCUGGCCAGCUCCAUCCACCCGGAGCAGUGCAUCAAAGUGCUCUGCCCCAUCAUCCAGACGGCCGACUACCCCAUCAACCUGGCUGCCAUCAAGAUGCAGACCAAGGUCGUCGAGAGGAUUGCCAGGGAGUCCCUGCUGCAGCUGCUGGCUGACAUCAUCCCGGGCCUGCUGCAGGGUUAUGACAACACUGAAAGUAGUGUGCGGAAGGCCAGUGUGUUCUGCUUGGUGGCAAUUUAUUCCGUAAUCGGAGAAGAGCUGAAACCUCACCUCGCACAGCUCACGGGGAGCAAGAUGAAGCUGCUGAACUUGUACAUCAAGAGGGCGCAGACCACGAACAGCAACAGCAGCUCCUCCUCCGACGUCUCCACGCACAGCUAAUGGCGGUGCCGUCCGAGCCGCAGAGCAGCCGCGGUGCCUCUCAGACCUUCCCGCCCCUCGUAGGCUCCCGUCAGGGCGAGGAGGCCACACAUAUUUAUUACAAUCAGUAUUUGGUCCCUUCCAGCUUUCGUGUAGAAUCUUACUGGCAUUGAAUGUAAAGGAGCAAGGCCUGUUUUGCGUCCUCACAACAGCAGGAGUGAAAGAGCCAUGCAGUGUCCAGCGCUGAGGGCACGCGGGGCAGCGUGGGGGGCGCCCUCCACCCCUCCCCCCCACACACGACGGGGAGGGAGUGCUCUGAUGAGCGGGUGUGGCGGCCUGUGUUUCUCUUUCAUCUUAGCGUCCUGCGUCCUGGACGUGGCUGUGUAGGGCAGGUUCCCUCCCCCCCCACCCCAGCCGACGCCAUGAAAGGGUCAGCUGUGCCUCUUUAAGUUGUAUGUUGAGACCUGCUGAGAAGUGGAUCACGGGGCGGGAUGGAGGGACAGCUGAGGGGGGCCUCUGGCGGACCCCGGGUGUUGCUUCUGUGCCUGGCCAAAGGCUGCCGCCCUCGCGCCAGUGUCCGCGCAGUGCCCGGUGCCGCCCGGCUGCCCGCGGCUCCCGGGCCUGCGGAAGCUUCUCCAGGGGCUCCUCUCGGGCCUGGGUCUUGGUCUUUCUGACUCGGCGCUGUCGUCUGUCCCUCCUGCCCCUGCACCCCCAGCGUUUGCUUAAGCCGCGCAGUUCUGAAGCGUUCUCACUGAACCUGCCAGGCCCCGCUUUCUGCCAGCGAGGCGGCUCCUCAAGGACACUCCGCUCUGGCCCAGCACUCGCUUCCAACACCCCCUGCAGCUGAUGCAGCGGGGUUUCCUCAUCUUCUCUCCCUGCCGCCCUUUAUUUAUCAAACAUAACACACAUCAAAGAACAGCAAGCAGGAACUUUGUAGAACCCGCAGGACUUUGCUGGCAGUGACGUUUGGAAGUGAAAAGAAAAUGCUCUAAAAGAUACCGGCCACCAAAUGUUCGGUCAGCGCUGUGUGCACGCAUGGUCCCACACCCCCCGGUUGGGUUUCUGUUUUUUGGUUUUAUUUGGGGGGGCUUUUUCACGUUUCACUCUCUAGUGUAUCAUGCAAAUGUACAGACUCUUUUGUUAAUAAUGUAGGAUUUGCUAAAAAAUAAAAAAUAAAAGAACCCUUUUGAGUUUGCCCUAGAA